AUGCAUCGUCCAAAGUCAGACGAUGACACUUUUGCAGAUGAUUUGCCUGCCGACAUUGCCGUGCAGUACCGCAUUCUUCGGAAAUUGCUUCCGGGCCGCUGGAGGGAAUGCCAAGAGGCCGUAGGUGCGAUGGGCCCACGGGGGCGUGAAUUGUUGUCCACACGGUCGAUUGGACGUAAGGAUGCACGCCAAUUUGCCAGCAAUGGCCCUGUGCAGGUUGAAACGGCAUCAUUGGCAUCGUCUUCGUCAUGUUUUGGAGGCAACACAUGGCAUGACAAUAAUAAAUUGAAGACGCUGCGCGAGAUUGAGCUUGGGGGGCCAAUCCUUGACCAGCUGCUUGUGAUCCACGCAGCCCACAGCCGUCUUAGGACUGCGUUGGACGAAAGUUGGCAAGAGAAAUGGCGCACUUUUUCCGAGUUUGAAUCGAUGCAGCGACAUUUGAUUGAAACAAUGAUGGGGUGGUUUUUUGAGACAUUUUCUGCGCUGCUCUUUGGGCGUGUGCUUGGACAACUUGUUGACAAGGCGCAGCGUGCGACGGUGGCUGAGAGAAGGGUGAGGGAACUGGAGCGAAAUGCGGAGGAGCUUUGGAAGUACAAUAAAAUCCUGGAGGAGAGUCAUGGCGACGCACUCCAGACACGGCCGCUGGAGAGGGAGGAAAUGAGGCGAGAAGCGGAGGAGGUGCACCGCACGCUGGAGGUCCGUCAGGAGGAGCUCCGCGAAGCACACCAGACCAUUGUGGCUCUUCGGCGGCAGUUGAGGCAGGCGGAGACCGCGUCUAGGAAGCCGUUGUGUGCAUUGAUGGGGGAGUUUGAGGAACUGAAGUUCCAAUAUCAGGAGCUGGUUGCUGCCUAUGGAGGCACACAGACAUGCAUAGAGACAAAAAUAGAGGGCCGCGAGGCGGCGGAUGAGGAAGAGGGCGGCGGCGGGGAAUCUGUCACGCUGUUGAGAAGGCAGUUAAAUGAGCUUCAACAUCAGUUGUCACUUAAAGACGCCACAAUUGGGCUUCUUCGCCGGGAACUAUGUGGGCUGCGCGAUUUGGCGCGGGAGUUGGGGGCCUCCCAGGCGGAGCUGCAGAAGUUAGAAGGGCGGCUGAAGGCUGCGAUGGUGCCCCACUCCCAUUAUUCGAACGGAAUGGUUGCGUGGUGGCAGCCUUUUGGACUUUCUUCCGUGAGUCUAAAAAAGAACCACAACAACAUUGAGUAA